GGCAAGAGUAGUAUUCCUUUAAGCAGGUGUAUGAGCAUUUUAAAGUAGAAACAAAAUAUACAGUGAAUGUUCGUCUUCCGCGGCGUUAAUUCAUGUAGAAUGGUGAUGACCUUUCGGGUCUCAGAACUUCAGAUGCUCCUAGGAUACGCAGGCAAGAAUAAAACUGGUCGCAAGAAUGAGCUACAGAGUCGAGCUAUUGAAAUAGUGAGAUUAAGAAAUCCUGCCAUACAAGCCAAGAUCAAAGAGUUAUACAAGAGCAUUCAAUAUGACUGCCCGCAGUCUCUACCGGUUUCUGAGAAAAAAGACGACAAGACAUAUCACAAUGCCUUUGAUGUUUUGAUGAAGAAUGCACACGAAAAACAAUUGCCACCAAAAAGAUCACUGAGACUAGAGAUGAUGUCGUUUGGUGACAGGUCACAAGCAGCAGCCAGUGGACCAACAGGAAUCCAUCCAGCCCAGAAAGUUCCAAUGGGCCUCAACACAAUAGCAGGUUAUGCUCAGGCACAAAAUGUGGGAAGCAUUGGUGGGGUAACCUCGACACACAGCAGUUCAAGAUAUUCCUCCAGCUCAUCACAAGUGGCUCCUACAAGUAUAUCUACAGCUGUGGGCUAUUCAACACUGACUAGUAAUAGUCACAAUUCCUCAUAUCCAAUCAAUCCAGACGUCAAAUUAAAAAAGCUGCCAUUCUAUGAUAUCCUCGGGGAACUCCUGAAACCAUCAUCACUGGCCCCACAAGGUUCAGGACGCUAUCAGGAGUCCACAUUCGCAUUUUCUCUCACGCCACAUCAAGCCAACAAAAUUGCAAACUCAAGAGAUUUACGGCCAGGCAAGCAAGACUACUCUGUUCAGGUUCAAAUGAGGUUUUGCUUACUUGAGACAACAUGUGAACAAGAAGAUAACUUUCCACCAAAUAUUGCAGUUAAAAUAAACGAAAAGAUGUGUCCAUUACCUACACCCAUCCCCACCAACAAGCCCGGAGUUGAACCAAAGCGACCAUCUCGACCGGUCAAUGUAACAGCACUCUGUCGUAUAUCCCCCACUGUAACAAAUAGAAUACAGGUAUCUUGGGCGUCGGAAUAUGGUCGAUGCUACGUCAUAUCUGUAUAUUUAGUACAGAAAUUAUCUUCAGAUGACCUACUACAGAGACUUAAAAAUAGAGGAGCCAAAAUUGCAGAUUUUACAAGAUCACUUAUAAAACAAAAACUACAGGAAGAUGCAGAUUGUGAAAUAGCUACAACUUCUCUACGAUGUUCACUAAUGUGUCCACUCGGAAAGAUGCGCAUGAUGCUACCUUGUCGUGCUAGUACCUGUGAUCACCUCCAAUGCUUUGAUGCAUCUCUUUACCUUCAAAUGAAUGAACGGAAGCCCACCUGGACCUGCCCAGUUUGUGACAAACCUGCUGUUUAUGACUGUUUAGUGAUUGAUGGGUACUUUCAGGAAGUACUCCAACAGAAUUCCAGCUGCAAUGAAGUAACACUUCAUAAAGAUGGAGGUUGGACACCUCUCAUGCCAAAAAAAGAAAAAGAACCCGAGGUGGAGAAACGGAAAUCUGAAGUAGCUGUAGAGACAUUGAGCGACGAUAGUGAUGAUGACACUCGAGAUCAAGAUGAUGCCCCCAUUGUAGAAGAGGUGAACAACAAGAAAAAAUCUGCAGAGCCUGAGAUUAUCACACUAACCGAUAGUGAGGAAGAUGACGACGACUCGCCACCACCUGCCAAACGUCCUAAUAAUGGUUCAUCUUCUGUGCCGGUUUCUACAGCAUCUGCAACAGGCACUGCUGGAAACACCACACCACACGGCUCAGAGGGCACUAAGUCAAACGAUUCUUGGUGCGUAGGGGAAGUUGACCCUGGGAAACGACUCGUCUUUAGGAAAUCCCUCUCUUCCUCGUCUAAUGGGACUGGAGGAUUGUUGACAACAGCAGGAGGCAGCAGUGGUGGUGCAGCUUUUUCCCCUCCAUCUUCUGGGUCAGUGAGUCCCCAGGUGAUCUGUUUGGACAGCCCUGCAUCAUCCCCAUCUCCACCUCCUCGUAGACCAAACCAGGGGCCAUCUCCCCUGCCUGCAGGACUCACGGUCACUCCUGUAGUUUCAACAUCUUCCUCAUCUUCUUCUCCUACCUUUUCUUCUGGCUCCUCUGAACUACGACAAGUCAUUAAUGUUACGUCUAGAAGCACGCCACCAAUCACAGCCAGCAGCAACAGCACCAGUAGCAGCAGUCCUUCUCCGCACACCACAAUAACACCACUUUCGUCUUCCUCAGGUUCUUCUGUAACUAUAUCCUCUUCCACCACUAAUGCCCCAUCUUUUCUAACUCCCUCCUCACAAGACCCAUUGGCCGUAUCAACAUUUAAUAUACAGCCUACCUCCUCAGCUGCUGCAGCUGCAGCAGCUGCUGCUGUUGCUGCUGCUGGACUUAACCCAAAUCCUUAUUCUCUUCCCCCUGCAUUACAGAACCUAUUCAACCCCUUGGGAAUAAUGCCUCCUACUACUGUGUCAGGAAGUCUGCCAUUUAGACCCCAGGACAGAUAUAUGUAGAUGGGUUAACUAAGUAUAGUAUGUUCUUAUUAGUUAUUGAACUGGAAAUUAUUUUGAAAUGCCCUUUUUAGGGUAUAUGUAUAUAAAACACCUGGGGGCGAGACACUUAAGUUUCAGCAAUAUGUUAUUAAAGAAUCAACAGUACUUUAACACAAGUAUUUCUUGUGGAGGUGUUAUAUAUAUAUUUUGGUUUGCAAAUUGUCCAGAAAUUAUUUGCAUAACUUUAUUCACCAAAGUGUUAUUGUGUAUUCAUAGGCUCUUCUCGUAGUCUUUUGGUUUUCACAAAGGACUUAUUUAGUGGUAAGUGAUAUCCAUUGGAAAAAGAAGAAAUGUACAAGUACAAAUGUAUUAUGUGAGUUUGUUCCUUAAGAGGGUGUGGUUAACAACUGUACAGUGGGGAGGACGUAUACUAAUAUAAAUGUCGUACUCUAAAUUUUGCACCUAUUUAAGAACUAGCAGCAUGUUUCCAAGCACUUACUUUGUGGUGUAUUUCAUUGCUUGUAAAAGUUGAGAGAUUGGAACUGAUUAGUAGUGAAUAUACAGCUUGGUGUAAAUGCUACUUUUACAAAAAUUAUGUAUCAAAAUUUGUAAACAAAUCCAUGACACAAAAUACUUC